UAUAAGCAGGCGCGGAAAGGGUUGCGUCAGUGUUUGCAGAACUCACUGCGGAUACUUACAGCUGCUGCACUUACUCCGCUUCUCACACGGCUUUGUUGGUCGCUGGUCUUUGUUACGGACUGCUUCAUCUGCGGGAAACUACCGACAAUUCAUCACACCUGAGGAUCUACAGUACUGAAUAUCGUCAUUCUAAGACACAACAAUGCAGGAGCAGCUGAUUUCCAGCCUUUCAUCUGAAGACUCGAGUCUCCCAUCCACACCAACAUCUGAUGCUCCGUCCAAACGCUUGUCCUGGAGCAAACUGAUGCAGAAACUACACAGCAGCCAAAGCCUGGACUCUGAUUCUGACCAUCACAGCAGCACAGACGACGCAUCAGAUGCAGGUUCCAUAUCCAUCGCUGAUCUUUCCGAAUCAGACUUAUUUUUUGACCCGACCGAAGAGGCCUUGUGUAAAGAAGUGGUGCAGCUCAUCGCACUUAACCUGACCGACGCCAAAGACGGCGUCUUGCACUGUUCCAAGCUGCUGAUUCCCGAGACGCUCCUGGAGCACAUCGGCCAGGAGCUGGUGCAUCUGUCGGUCAGCGAGCCCUGCGGCCUUCGCGGUGCCCUCGUUGACCUCUGCGUGGAGCAGGAUGGCAGCUGCGAAGCCGUGGGACAAAUCUCAGUCGACCCGUACCUGGUGCCCACCUUCCAGCUCACACUCGUGCUGAGGCUCGACUCCCAGGGCUUUUGGCCAAAAAUCCAGGGGCUUUUCGCCGGCAGAUCGCCUUCGUCUCCGGUUGUUAGACGUGCACUUAAACUGAGCACUGGAUUCAGAGUUAUUAAGAGAAAACUGUACAGCUCUGAAGAGCUUUUGAUUGAAGAAUGCUGAGACUGACAUGUCACGAACUUUUACUAGGUUUUAAGAUGAAGCCGUUUGGUCUCGCUAGAGGCCUGAUUGUGACCGUUUAAAGCGGUGUAUUACCAACUCUCAUUUGUACUGCAGAUGUAGGGUGUAUAAAAGACUUUGUAAUAAAGUUUGGUUGGUUUAUGUUGCACUUUUGCUGACGUUCUAGUGAAGCAGAAGUUUUCUGGCUGCUGUUGAAAUGUUUACCUCAGGUUCAUGGAAACCAAACGUGGCAGCUAUUUUCCAUGUAACAAACUUGAUGUUUUUCCGUUAUUCAAGUGCCGGAUUGUUCAAAGAUGUAUAUGGAUGCAGUUAUUGUUCUCUUAGAUCAAAUGGAAGAGUUUUUUUUUUUUUUUUUUUUAUUAAACAAUCAUGCAUAUUC